CCAACUACAGAAGAUGUCUCCCUCUCAUCAGCCCUGCCUGAAACCACCACUCUCAUCACCACCACCACGUCCACAGUCAAAGGCUCAGUUAACACCACGAUUCCAGCCGACCCCAGGGAUGGGAGAGAGAGAGAGGCGGGUAACCCAGCGGAUGACUCCCAUGGAACGGCUGACCCCACCGCCCCAGAGAUCCCCCCAACCCCCAGGCGCUUCUGUGAGGGAACAAUGAAGAGAGGCAUCUCCUGGCCCCAGACACACACUGGAGUCACCGUGGAGAGACCCUGCCCCAAAGGAACCAGAGGUACUAUCAGGAACCAAGAGGGAGGGUGGGGAUGGAGGGAAGGUGUGUGUGUGUGUGUGUGUGAGGUAUGUGCGUGAGGGCGUGUGUGUGUGAGUAUUCCUCUGUGUAUGAACGUGUUAGUGCUUAUUAGUGUGUUUAGAUAUUGUCUUUCACCUAUUUUACAUUAGACAAGGUGCCAAGAUGUGAUAUUCAUUACCUACAAUAUGCUAGUGGUGCCAAACAGACAAUAUAGGAAGAUAAAAUAAACAGUAAGAGAAUGUACAUUGUGGUGGCGUAAGGGGAUGUAUAUUAUCAUUGUUAUUUCAAUAAUAUGGAAAGCAGACAUGUAGGACAUCAAGGGUUACAAAUAGGUAGCUAACAUUAUGGCAACACUGUUAAUUGACAAGAAUUCAGUAAUAUAUACGGUACAGAGCAGUGGCGGUCAAUGCAGUUUAAGAUGAGGGAGGACGUUUUUAAUUUUUUAUGAGCAGUUCAAUGUAACAGCGAUAGGUUUAGGCUACUACGUGAUACUGAAUGUUCCCUAUACCCAUCACACUCUUGCCUGCAUCUAGCUGAUAUAGGGUGUAAUCAGUAGCCCAACAGUUGCAAAUUAGUGUUUCUAUUGGACAAAUUCAGGUAUGUUUAUCCCCAUUUUGUUCAGUUUCCUUCCAUUUUAAGAAACGUUUUUCAACAGAAUUGGCAGAAUGAAUACAUCCCUGAUCACACGUAAACACAGUUCACUUUCAUAACAGCCACGUUGUAUUCCUUCUCGCACCUUUCCCCUUCGCUUGUGGACUUCAAUGCACAACACAUGAUCAGCUGUAUGUGACCAGGCGAAAAAACCUUUCCGAGCCAUAUCAUAACCGCUUCACACAGCCUACAUCGUUGUCACCAUAUUAGCUAAAGUAACGUCAUAGUCAACAUAGCUAAUAGAACUAACGUGUUAGUAAACCCACUACAAUUGUGCAGUAACGUUACAAGCAGUUUAGCACUUACACCGGCGGGCCCUGGUGGCAAUAAAUUAGUAAAACCAAAAGCUUACUUUGACUUGGAAGAGUUCCAGUUUUGUGUUGGAUAGUCAUAGCCAGCUAGCUAACAUAGCAUCCCUCUGUUUGAGCAGGGUGUUUGAGUAGGCUAAACUAGCUAGCUGCAUUUGCUAGCUAAGUACAGUUGAAGUCGGAAGUUUACAUACACUUAGGUUGGAGUCAUUAAAACUCAUUUUUCAACCACUCCACAUAUUUCUUGUUAACAAACUAUAGUUUUGGCAAGUCGGUUAGGACAUCUACUUUGUGCAUGACACAAGUAAUUUUUCCAACAAUUGUUUACAGACAGAUUAUUUCACAUAUAAUUCACUGUAUCACAAUUCCAGUGGGUCAGAAGUUGACUGUGCCUUUAAACAGCUUGGAAAAUUCCAGAAAAUGAUGUCAUGGCUUUAGAAGCUUCUGAUAGGCUAAUUGACAUCAUUUGAGUCAAUUGGAGGUGCACCUGUAUAUUUCAAGGCCUACCUUCAAACUCAGUGCCUCUUUGCUUGACAUCAUGGGAAAAUCAAAAUAAAUCAGCCAAGACCUCAGAAUAAAAAUUGUAGACCUCCACAAGUCUGGUUCAUCCUUGGGACCAAUUUCCAAACGCCUGAAGGUACCACGUUCAUCUGUACAAACAAUAGUACGCAAGUAUAAACACCAUGGGACCACGCAGCCGUCAUACCACUCAGGAAGGAGACGCGUUCUGUCUCCUAGAGAUGAACUUACUUUGGUGCGAAAAGUGCAAAUCAAUCCCAGAACAACAGCAAAGGACCUUGUGAAGAUGCUGGAGGAAACAGGUACAAAAAUAUCUAUAUCCACAGUAAAACGAGUCCUAUAUCGACAUAACCUGAAAGGCCACUCAGCAAGGAAGAAGUCACUGCUCCAAAACCGCCAUAAAAAAGCCAGACUACGGUUUGCAACUGCACAUGGGGACAAAGAUCGUACUUUUUGGAGAAAUGUCCUCUGGUCUGAUAAAACAAAAAUAGAACUGUUUGGCUAUAAUGACCAUUGUUAUGUUUGGAGAAAAAAGGGGGCGCUUGCAAGCCAAAGAACACCAUCCCAACCGUGAAGCACGGGCGUGGCAGCAUCAUGCUGUGGGGGUGCUUUGCUGCAGGAGGGACUGGUGCACUUCACAAAAUAGAUGGCAUCAUGAGGAAGGAAAAUGAUGUGGAUAUAUUGAAGCAACAUCUCAAGACAUCACUCAGGAAGUUAAAGCUUGGUCGCAAAUGGGUCUUCCAAAUGGACAAUGACCCCAAGCAUACUUCCAAAGUUGUGGCAAAAUGGCUUAAGGACAACAAAGGCGCAAGGUAUUGGAGUGGCUUGUGGAAGGCUACCCGAAACGUUUGACCCACGUUAAACAAUUUAAAGGCAAUGCUACCAAAUACUAAUUGAGUGUAUGUAAACUUCUGACCCACUAGGAAUGUGAUGAAAGAAAUAAAAGCUGAAAUAAAUAAUUCUCUCUACUAUUAUUCUGACAUUUCACAUUCUUAAAAUAAAGUGGUGAUCCUAAAUAGGAUGAAAUGUCAGGAAUUGUGAAAAACUGAGUUUAAAUGCAUUUGGCUAAGGUGUAUGUAAACUUCCGACUUCAACUGUAAGUUAACUGAAAGUGAAAAAAAUUACUCUCUCUCUUACUUCUCCUUCAUUUUGGAAGAAAGGAAUUUGUUCAAAACUGUUCAAGUAUUGUCUUUCUCUCUCUUUGACUCAACUACUCACCACAUUUUAUGCACUGCAGUGCUAGCUAGCUGUAGCUUAUGCUUUCAGUACUAGAUUCAUUCUCUGAUCCUUUGAUUGGGUGGACAACAUGUCAGUUCAUGCUGCAAGAGCUCUGAUAGGUUGGAGAACGUCUUCCGGAAGUUGUCAUAAUUACUGUGUAUGUAUAUGGAAGGGGUUGAGAACCAUGAGCCUCCUAGGAUUUGUAUUGAAGGCAAUGUACCCAGAGGAGGAUGGAAGCUAGCUGUCCUCUGGCUACACCAUGGUGCUACCCUAUAGAGUGCUGUUGAAGCUACUGUAGACCUUCAUUGCAGAAUAGUGGGUUUUAAUACAUUAUUUGGUGAUGUGAUUAUAUUUAGUAUCGUUUUAUCUAAAAAGUAUAACUUUUUAAAUGUUUUACUUUUUUUAUUUUAUAAAAUUCACUGAGGAGGAUGGUCCUCCCCUUCCUCCUCUGAGGAGCCUCCACUGGUACAGAGGAGCUAAUGGCAACUUUAUUAAUUGACAACCAGCAAUUAGACCAGUGGUAUUCAAACUUUUUCAAUGGGGACCCCAUUUUUUCCCAAUAAUUUCUUGCGACCACACCCAACUCCAAAUCCAAUGACACAACCUUAAAAUCUGUGAAUGUAGAUUUUUACAUCAACUAAUAAACUUAAAUUCUUUGCAUUUUCAUCUCUUAUCAAAAUGAAAAGAAAGCCAUAAAUACAUUUACUCAAUAAAAAUGUGUUUUUUUGUUGUGUUUUUUAUUUUGUUGGGGUGACCUCACUGCAGUUCCCCCGUCGCGACCCCGACUUUGAAUACCACUGAAUUAGACUAUAAGAAGACAAUGAUUCCUACAGUAUAAAGCUGAACUGUAUGAGAAUAUCUCACUGUUCAGUGUCCACUGUUAGACAAUACAAAGCUGGCAACCUUCAUGGUUCCUACUGGACAGCCACGUUUCGCAUCAUUGCUUUUUUUGACCAUGGCUGACCUCAGUCGUUUGUUUUUCCUGAGAGACUUGUUGAGUGGAGGACAGGAGUGGUAGGAGGGUGAAGAGUUGGCCUAACCUCUGUUAAAUACAAAUUUAUUUAACCUUUAUUUAAACAGGCUAUACUCAUUGUGAUGCAAUAUAUUUUGCAAGAGAGACCUGUUCAAGAUGGCAGUGGUCAGCAACAUUACAAAAAUGUACACAAAUAAAUGCACACAUACAAUACAUACCAUUUCACAUGAAAAACAGACAAUAGGGUUGUGUAACGGUUGUCUUUGUUGUGCGUUUCUCCAGGCAUUGCCUCCUACCUCUGCACGGUGGCAGGGGGGACCUGGAACCCAAAGGGACCCGACCUCAGCAACUGUACUUCCCACUGGGUCUCUCAAGUGGCACAAAAGGUUGGUCAACAAUGUCCCCCCAUGGCUCUGGUGACAGCGAGGGAAGGAACAAAACAACACGUCAACUUUCCUCUACUGCUUUAUCUGAAAGGGCACAGUGUAUCUGUAAUUUUAGGGCAUCUUGUUGGUUGCAACACUAAAUAAGGGGUUUGCCCAUACAUACAUACAUACUGUAUUCCACUGAAUUACUUAUAGAUGUAAACAAAAUACACAUUCAAUGCACAUUUGUUGACAUUUUUCUUGCUCUCUGUGGCCUAUAGCUAGCAGCAUUAAUAUUGAUUUGAGUUUAAAUCAGUAUGUGAUACAUUACCUGUACAUUACCUGACACUGUGAUGCCGAUCUUUCAAAGACGUUGCACCAAUGACCCUGAGCCUUUUCCUGCUGUGCUGUUUUCGUCCACAUUAAAUCAGUAGUAUCCGUUGUUAGCACAUCGUUAACAUACCACAUACCAGGUACCGUAUUUAGUAGGAAACAAGUAAUUAAAAGCUUGAACAGGACCUUUUAAUAUUGCCGUUUUUCCUCCAACUCCAGAUCCGUAGUGGGGAGAAUGCAGCUAACCUAGCCAAUGAGCUGGCCCGCCACACGCAGGGUCCAGUGUUCGCCGGUGACAUCAGCUCAUCAGUGCGACUCAUGGAGCAGCUGGUGGACAUCCUGGACGCUCAGCUCCAGGAGCUACGGCCUAGCGAAAAGGACUCGGCCGGGCACAGCUUCAACAAGGUAAUAUAAAAUAAUAUAUGUCAUUUAGCAGACGAUUCGAGUGCAUAAAUCUGAGUAUAUGUGACCCCAGGUAGGCUAGUAGGAACGAGAGCCAUACACUGUAUAAACAUACGUAUAUCUCUGGGUGGGUAGUAUUUCCUGCACUCCCUGCCCCCCCCCUCCCCCCCCCCCCCCCUCCCCCCUCUGCUCCACCUUUGACUCUACACAGGUUAAGCCACUCAUUAGCCCUCCCCCUCCCCCACACUGUCUCCUUCCAGGUGAGAUUAGGGAGGGGGGGGGGGGGGGUGGAGAGGCUGGCCCAGCCUUAAGGGGGAGCUGUGGCGCUGGAGAGGGGGGGAGCUCAUUCUUCCAGCCCCACCUAGUCUUAGUAAUUAAUGGGUUCUGAAACGCAGCCUUCUCACCUGACAGCUCUGACUUAAAGAGCUAACGGAUAUCAGCCCCCCGUUAGCCAACACAAAGAAUAACUCUCCUCUCCACCACUAGCCAGGCAAGUAGGUGGUCCUCUGUAGCUCAAUUGGUAGAGCAUGGCGCUUACAACGCCAGGGUAGUCGGUUAGGACAUCUACUUUGGGCAUGACACAAGUAAUUUUUCCAACAAUUGUUUACAGACAGAUUAUUUCACUUAUAAUUCACUGUAUCACAAUUCCAGUGGGUCAGAGGUUUACAUACACUAAGUUGACGGUGCCUUUAAACAGCUUGGUAAAUUCCAGAAAAUGAUGUCAUGGCUUUAGAAGCUUCUGAUAGGCUAAUUGACAUCAUUUGAGUCAAUUGGAGGUGUACCUGUGUAUUUCAAGGCCUACCUUCAAACUCAGUGCCACUUUGCUUGACAUCAUGGGAAAAUCAAAAGAAAUCAGGCAAGACUUCAGAAUAAAAAUUGUAGACCUCCACAAGUCUGGUUAAUCCUUGGGAGCAAUUUCCAAACGCCUGAAGGUACCACAUUCAUCUGUACAAACAAUAGUACGCAAGUAUAAACACCAUGGGACCACGCAGCCAACAUACCGCCCAGGAAGGAGACACGUUCUGUCUCCUAGAGAUGAACUUACUUUGGUGCGAAAAGUGCAAAUCAAUCCCAGAACAACAGCAAAGGACCUUGUGAAGAUGCUGUAGGAAACAGGUACAAAAGUAUCUUUAUCCACAGUAAAAUCUAUAUCGACAUAACCUGAAAGGCCGCUCAGCAACUGCUCCAAAACCGCCAUAAACAAGCCUAUGGUUUGCAACUGCACAUGGGGACAAAGAUUGUACUUUUUGGAGAAAUGUCCUUUGGUUUGAUGAAACAAAAAUAGAACUGUUUGCCCAUAAUGACCAUCGUUAUGUUUGGAGAAAAAAGGGGAAUGCUUGCAAGCCGAAGAACACCAUCCCAACCGUGAAGCACGGGGGUGACAGCAUCAUGCUGUGGGGGUGCUUUGCUGCAGGAGGGACUGGUGCACUUAACAAAAUAGAUGGCAUCAUGAGGAAGGAAAAUUAUGUGGAUAUAUUGAAGCAACAUCUCAAGAUAUCAGUCAGGAAGUUAAAGGUUGGUCGCAAAUGGGUCUUCCAAAUGGACAAUGACCCCAAGCAUACUUCCAAAGUUGUGGCAAAAUGGCUUAAGGACAACAAAGUCAAGGUAUUGGAGUGGCCAUCACAAAGCCCUGACCUCAAUCCUAUAGAAAAUGUGUGGGCAGAACUGAAAAGGCUUGUGCGAGCAAGGAGGCCUACAAACCUGACUCAGUUACACCAGCUCUGUCAGGAGGAAUGGGCCAAAAUUCACCCAACUUAUUGUGGGAAGCUUGUGGAAGGCUACCCGAAAUGUUUGACCCAAGUUAAACAAUUUAAAGGCAAUGCUACCAAAUACUAAUUGAGUGUAUGUAAACUUCUGACCCACUGGGAAUGUGAUGAAUGAUUUAUUUCUGCUUUUAUUUCUUUCUCUCUACUAUUAUUCUGACAUUUCAAGUUCUUAAAAUAAAGUGGUGAUCCUAACUGACCUAAAACAAUGGAUUUUUACUAGGAUUAAAUGUCAGGAAUUGUGAAAAACAGAGUUUAAAUGUAUUUGGCUAAGGUGUAUGUAAACUUCCGACUUCAACUGUAUCUCUGAGUGAAGGGCCCAAGGAGGAAUGUUAAGGCCACAGUCAUAUGGAUAAAUUAAUUACAGUAUUACAGUACUAUUCAGAACGUAAAAGUGAAAGGAUUUGGACCAAAAGACACCUGGGUAGUGUUGUCUUUGUUACUUUUGGGUUAGCAAAUCCUAGACUGAAUCUUUCUGUCUAUGUUCUGGCUGUACUCUCUUAAAACUGCACAGUGCUAUACUCCUGCAGCCACAAUUUAGCUAGCAGUGGGAAUAAUGAAGCAGUCUCUUUUGACUGAGACGGAGACCAACCAACAAAAGGCUCUACAAUAAAACUCAGAGCCGGCAUACUGUUAUAACCACAGUGCCAUAGAUUCCAAAUGACCAUCUCCUGCUUGGUUUAUUGUCUCAAUGCUUUAUAAAGCAUCGUUAAUGCAAAGAGUAGGAAGUUUACCUCAGCAAUUCCCCAUCUACAACGCUAUGCUGUGCAGCUCUGUCUUGGCCAGCCAAGCCCUUGUAGUUAUGUAAGCUAGAUACAGCUUCCGAAACACAUUUAGAAUGUGCUGCAUAAUAUACAGUGAGCUUCUUAUUUCAUAAGGUUUAUAUAUUAUAAUUUCCAUCCUUAUUCAAGUUGGGUAAGUGGUGUAUUUUAAGAUAUCUGUGUUUUCUAAAGACAUAGACUAACCUCCUUUUUUUCUUGUUCUUUGUGUUAAAAAGCUUCAAAAGAGAGAGCGGACUUGCAGGGCAUAUAUGAAGGUACUGUAUAUCUUCUGGUUCCACAUAGACACCUUUCCCUCUUAAAGUAUCCACAAUAUGCUCAGUAGCAUGAAGCAUUGGUGUCUGUCUGUGAUUAUCUGCUGGCUUGUCUGUAUGCACAACGCGUCUGCCUGCCUGCCUGUCUGUAUGUCUGUCUGUCAAUAUCUCUCCUUCUAUCUCUUAUCUCUCUCUCUAUUCCCCUCUCUCCUGUCUGCUCUUUGUGCGUUGUAUGAGUAAUUGCCUUCCCACGGCCGUAAUUGUAGCUCCCUGUCAGCCAGAAGUUUGAUCAAAGUGGCAGUGUACUCAGUUUUUCACUUGCUUGUGUUUUACCAUUUCCAGCCUCUCCUUGUUCCUCCUCUCGCUGACAAAAGUGCACAAUUUUGUGUUUGUUUGAUGGAUUCAUUUUCAGUCCCAUUAAUGUGUUUGUGUUCAUAUAGGAUUAGUAGGUUCUUUUCAUUCCUUUCUCUCUUAAUGUCAUUUUCCUUUCCUCUGAGUUUAUAAUCUGAGAGCAGGUCCUGUUGAAAGAAGCGGUUCUGGCGUAAACUCACAGUGGGCCUGCCUUGCACAAAACAAACCAGCCUUCUCAGACCUCUGUGUCUCUCUCUUCAGUCUCUGUAUAACUGGUGGGAGCAUUCUUCACCAUGAGUUAGGGCUGUUUUUUACUGAGGUCUCAUUUACUGUGAGAAAUAGGGAUACACUGUAUUUCUCUGUCAACUUGAUAUAAGUCUGUCUUCUUUAUGCAUCACCAUUCAUCAAUAGGCAAUGUAAGUGAAGUCAGCAGCACCACCACCACCCAAGCAUUUCCUGCUCGCUGUGGGGCAUCUUGUGAUUGGUGUGUGGUGGGACCUCCACCCAGGCGAGAAUUAUAUUAAUUAAAGAGGACUCAAUCAGAACAGAGAGGUUUUUUCUUUCUUCUAACGCUGCCACAAAUUAAAGACAUUGAUAUUUUGUAAAUCUUUUUUUUGUGUUCCUCAUUCUUCAUGCCUACAAGGAAGCGGGUACUCACCAGGAGGGAGGACCAUUGAGUGUUUCUUUGUUUGUCUGGGGUGUAAUGGUCCUAGCCCUGAAAUCACUACUGUGACGCCUCCCCUCCUCCCCUCUCUUCCUAUCCUAUCCUCUCCGACACUGACUGGGCUGUACGCCUAUCAUAGCUCUAGGUAAUAAUGGUAGCCAGCCGUGUGGUUGGUUUACAUGUUUUGGUGAUUGGUUAAUCAUCAGUCUGGUUUGAUGGCGAGGGACUACAGUGUUUAAUCGUCCCACUGGUUAAUCCAGACAACAGGGUAAUUGUGCCUAUGGUCAAUUAGUGUGUGUGGAUGAUAAUCACAGCUUUGCACUAAUUGGUACAUUGAGUGACUGUUGUUAUUGGCUAAUUACCACUAUAGUGUAGCCUGGGCCUCUGCUGUGGUUAAUGUCACCUGUGGUUAAAUUGUCACUAGUUUAUCAGGUCAUGGGUUGAUAUGGAUUUGUGGGGUAAUUAUGCUGAUGGAUAUGUUUGGUAGCGCUGCUGUGUGGAUAUGGAUAUAAGCUACAUGGGAGUCAUGAGUGGGGCUAGCGUUUACAUUGCUGUGUGGUUGUGGAUAUACAGUGCAUUCGGAAAGUAGUCAACCUUUCCCCCCCUAAUCAAUCUAACCACAAUACCCCAUAAUGACAGAGCAAAAACCGGUUUUUAUAAUUUUUUGUAAAUGUAUAUAAAAAACAGAAAUAUCACAUUUACAUACGUAUUCAGACCUUUUACUCAGUACUUUGUUGAAGCAGCUUUGGUAGCGAUUACGGUCUCGAGUCUUCUUGGGUAUGACGCUACAAGCUUGGCACACCUGUAUUUAGGGAGUUUCUCCCAUUCUUCUCUGCAGAUCCUUUCAAGCUCUGUCAGGUUGGAUGGGGAGCGUCACUGCACAGUUAUUUUCAGGUCUCUCCAGAGAUGUUCGAUCGGGUUCAAGUCCGGGCUCUGGCUGGGCCACUCAAGGACAUUCAGACACUUGUCCCAAAGCCACUCCAGCGUUGUUUUGGCUGUGUGCUUAGGGUCGUUGUCCUGUUCGAAGGUGAACCUUUGCCCCAGUCUGAGGUCGAGAGCACUCUGGAGCAGGUUUUCAUCAAGGAUCUCUCUGUACUUUGCUCCGUUCAUCUUUCCCUCAAUCCUGACUAGUCUUCGCGUCCCUGCCUCUGAAAAACAUCCCCACAGCAUGAUGCUGCCACCACCAUGCUUCACCGUAGGGAUGGUGCCAGGUUUCCUCCAGACGUGACGCUUGACAUUCAGGCCAAAUAGUUAAAUCUUGGUUUCAUCAGACCAGAGAAUCUUGUUUCUCAUGGUCUGAGAGUCAUUUAGGUGCCUUUUGGCAAACUCCAAGCGGGCUGUGAUGUGCCUUUUACUGAGGAGUGGCUUCCGUCUGGCCACUCUACCAUAAAGGCCUGAUUGGUGGAGUGCUGCAGAGAUGGUUGUCCUUCUGGAAGGUUCUCCCAUCUCCACAGAGGAUCAAUCAAUUGAAUUUACCACAGGUGGACUCCAAUCAAGUUGAAGAAACAUCUCAAGGAUGAUCAAUGGAAACAGGAUGCACCUGAGCUAAAUUUCGAGUCUCAUAGCAAAGGGUCUGAAUACUUACGUAAAUAAGGUAUUUCUGUUUUUUACCUUUAAUAAAUGUGCACAUUUUUCUAGAAACCUAUUUUCGCUUUGUCAUUAUGGGGUAUUGUGUGUAGAUUAAUGAGAAAAAAAUAAUAUUCAAUCCAUUUUAGAAUAAGGCUGUAACGUAACAAAAUGUGGGAAAAGGGAAGGGGUCUGUAUACUUUCCGAAUGCACUAUAGAUAAGCUACAUGGGAGUCAUCAAUGGGGCUAGCGUUAGCGCUGCUGUGUGACUAUGGAUAUAGAUAGAAAUGCUAAGCUACAUGGGAGUUGAACUCUCCUGCACAGGGUCACAGUGACCUCCAUUUUGAUCAACAUUUGAUACUUUUUCUUGAGUGUUUGGAAUGUUUUGCUUACUUACUGCUUAUCAGCCAAGCAGGAAAUGAAAGGAUUGUCAUUGAAAACAAGCAGAAUUAUACCCUUCUUUACUUAGACUGCUACCCAUGAAACAAAUUGAUUAAUUUUCUUUAUAACAUUUUCCCCUCUAGGAAGGAAAAGCUGCACAUUGCAAGGCCAUUAUGACCAGAUUCUGUUAUGGAAUAUAUUUUUUGUUAGCGAAGAGGAAGAUAAUUGUUCUUUGGGAAAAAUAAGAUGUUAAAGAACAGGAACUGAGAGAGUAGUAUUGUGGAAAAACUUCUCCAUUCAUUUGAAAAACAUUUGGUUUGUGUUUGAACUUCCCCUCUGGCACAGUUUUGUUAUUCAAAAGAAAAGAAAUCGGUCUAAACCAGCGAAGUGGGGAGACAACUUCCUGUAGUUUAUAUUCUGUGACCACCAUGCCAUCUUUAAGUGAUGUUUUAAUUUGAAUGUAUCUUCAUAUCAUCCUUUAAUUCCUGUGACCUUAUUUGUUGAAUUUCUUGGUUGUUGCUUGUCCUUACUUGCCAUCAGCAUCAUAUGCCUUCCUUGCCCCUUUUCCACCUGUAUGCUGCAGACAUUAGUAGAAGUUAUGAGGUAUAAAUAAAAAGCAACAAAGGUCUGACAUUUUACUUGUGUCCACGGAUACAGGCCAUAGUGGAUACGGUUGACAACCUCCUGAGGCCGGAAGCCCUGAAGUCCUGGGAAGACAUGAAUUCCACGGAGCAAACGCACGCAGCCACCAUGUUACUGGAUACCCUGGAGGAAGGAGCCUUCGUCCUUGCCGACAACCUGAUUGAGCCCGCUGUAGUCAAAGUGCCUGCAGACAACAUAAGUACGUAUUUUUUUUUCUCUCUACCCACCCUGCCCAUCACUCAUAAAAAUGAAAAACUAGACAGACACGUCUGCCAGUUACAAUCCACAGUUUUAAUGAUUAUUUUCAUUUGGAUUAUCUCCCCCCUGUCUUGGAAGAAAAUUACUUUAACCUCAGUACUAAAAUUGGCUUUUUUUCUACAGUUUGUUAUGUUCAAGGAAGUGGAAGUUAACAUUCACAACCAUUCUGUAGAAACAUACUUCUGCUAGGCCCCAGGGCUUCUGUUCCAUGGGCUUAUUCAUUCUAGACAAGAACCUGGACAGCUAUUCCUCCAGGAGAGAGGCAAAGUGGUUUUUAGAAAGACCAAAUUUAGUUGAAGUCACAGUAGGAGGUUUGAUGUCUCGCUCAGCGCCAGGCAAGCUAAUAUGUUCUCACAGGCAGUUUAUUAGCAAUGUGAUCUCAUUCAUUUAAGUCAGCUUUGUGCAGUGAACUGUCAUUUUCCCUACACAAGCCUCUUUGUUGCCAUGGUUAUGAGUUCCCCACUGCCUUUUUCUUGCAUAGUUAAGUAGGGGCAUUGAAUUUGUUCUGCAAGAUGAACUGUCUGGUCUUCUCAUGGAAGAUCGAAUAAAUCAAUUGAAUCAUUUCAUACACUACAUGACCAAAAGUAUGUGGACAUCUGCUCAUCGAACAUCUAAUUCCAAAAUCAUGGCCAUUAAUAUGGAGUUGGUCCCCCCUUUGCUGCUAUAACAGCCACUAGAUGUUGGAACAUUGCUGCGUGGACUUGCUUCCAAUCAGCCACAAGAGCAUUAGCGAGGUCGGGCACUGAUGUUGGGCGAUUAGGCCUGGCUCGCAGUCGGCAUUUCCAAUUAAUCCCAAAGGUGUUCGAUGGGGUUGAGGUCAGGGCUCUGUGCAGGCCAGUCAAGUUCUUCCACACCGAUCUCGACAAUCCAUUUCUGUAUGGACCUCGCUUUGUGCACGGGGGCAUUGUCAUGCUGAAACAGGAAAGGGCCUUUCCCAAACUGUUUCCACAAAGUAGGAAGCACGGAAUCAUCUAGAAUGUCAUUGUAUACUGUAAUGUUAAGAUUUCCCUUCACUGGAACUAAGGGGCCUAGCCGUACCAUGAAAAACAGCCCCAGACCAUUAUUCUUCCUCCACCAAACUUUACAGUUGGCACUAUGCAUUGGGGCAGGUAGCGUUCUCCUGGCAUCCACCAAACCCAGAUUUGUCCGUCGGACUGUCAAAUGGUGAAGCGUGAUUAAUCACUCCAGAGAACGCGUUUCCACUGCUCCAGAGCCCAAUGGCGGCGAGCUGUACACCACUCCAGACGACGCUUGGCAUUGCGCAUGGUGAUCUUAGGCUUGUGUGCGGCAGCUCGGCCAUAGAAACCGAUUAUAUUAAGCUCCCGACAAACAGUUAUUGUGCUGACGUUGCUUCCAGAGGGAGUUUGGAACUUGGUAGUGAGUGUUGCAACCGAGAACAGAUGAUUUUUACACGCUACAAGCUUCAGCACUCGCCGGUCCCGUUCUGUGAGCUUGUGUGGCCUACCGCUUCGCGGCUGAGCCAUUGUUGCUCCUAGACGUUUCCACUUCACAAAAACAGCAAUUACAGUUGACCAGGGCAGCUCUAGCAGGGCAGAAAUUUUACAAACUGACUUGCUGGAAAGGUGGCAUCCUAUGACGUUGAAAGUCAAUGAGAUCUUCAGUAAGGCCAUUCUACUGCCAAUGUUUGUCUAUGGAGAUUGCAUGGCUGUGUGCUCGAUUUGAUAAACCUGUCAGCAACGGGUGUGGCUGAAAUAGCCGAAUCCACUAAUUUGAAGGGGUGUCCACAUACUUUUGCAUAUAUAGUAUUUUCUAUACGGUAGCUAUAUCCUCUAACCCUGCCUUAACCCUUUGUCAGUAAAUGGUCAUUACAAGCAGAUAAGAAAAACCAGAUGCACUGCAGCCCGCUAAUGCAAAAUUAAAUUGUUUGCCUAUACACGCCAUGUAUAGUUAAUCGUUGCAAACAAAUCAUAUUAAAUCAAAUACAAUUUUAUUUGUCACAUGCGCCUAAUACAACAGGUGUAGACCAUACACAGUCGUGGUCAAAAGUUUUGAGAAUGACACAAAUACUAAUUUUCACAAAGUCUGCUGCCUCAGUUUUGAUGAUGGCAAUUUGCAUAUACUCCAGAAUGUCAUGAAGAGUGAUCAGAUGAAUUGCAAUUAAUUGUAAAGUCCCUCUUUGCCAUGAAAAUGAACUUAAUCCCCCAAAAACAUUUCCACUGCAUUUCAGCCCUGCCACAAAAGGACCAGCUGCCAUCAUGUCAGUGAUUCUCUCGUUAACACAGGUGAGAGUGUUGACGAGGACAAGGCUGGAGAUCACUCUGUCAUGCUGAUUGAGUUAGAAUAACAGACUGGAAGCUUUAAAAGGAGGGUGGUGCUUGAAAUCAUUGUUCUUCCUGUUAACCAUGGUCACCUGCAAGGAAACACCUGCCAUCAUCAUUGCUUUGCACAAAAAGGGCUUUCCAGGCAAGGAUAUUGCUGCUAGUAAGAUUGCACCUAAAUCAACCAUUUAUCGGAUCAUCAAGAACUUCAAGGAGAGAGGUUCAAUUGUUGUGAAGAAGGCGUCAGGGCGCCCAAGAAAGUCCAGCAAGCGCCAGGACUGUCUCCUAAAGUUGAUUGAGCUGCGGGAUCGGGGCACCACCAGUGCAGAGCUUGCUCAGGAAUGGCAGCAGGCAGGUGUGAGUGCAUCUGCACGCACAGUGAGGCGUAGACUUUUGGAGGAUGGCCUAGUGUCAAGUAGGGCAGCAAAGAAGCCACUUCUCUCCAAGAAAAACAUCAGGGACAGACUGAUAUUCUGCAAAAGGUACAGGGAUUGGUCUGCUGAGGACUGGGGUAAAGUCAUUUUCUCUGAUGAAUCCCCUUUCCGAUUGUUUGGAGCAUCCGGAAAACACCUUGUCCGGAGAAGACAAGGUGAGCGCUACCAUCAGUCCUGUGUCAUGCCAACACUAAAGCAUCCUGAGACCAUUCAUGUGUGGGGUUGCUUCUCAGCCAAGGGAGUGGGCUCACUCACAAUUUUGCCUAAGAACACAGCCAUGAAUAAAGAAUGGUACCAACACAUCCUCCGAGAGCAACUUCUCCCAACCAUCCAAGAACAGUUUGGUGACGACCAAUGCCUUUUCCAGCAUAAUGGAGCACCUUGCCAUAAGGCAAAAGUGAUAACUAAGUGGCUCUGGGAACAAAACAUUGACAUUUUGGGUCCAUGGCCAGGAAACUCCCCAGACCUUAAUCCCAUUGAGAACUUGUGGUCGAUCCUCAAGAGGCGGGUGGACAAACAAAAACCCACAAAUCCUGACAAACUCCAAGCAUUGAUUAUGCAAGAAUGCGCUGCCAUGAGUCAGGAUGUGGCCCAGAAGUUAAUUGACAGCAUGCCAGGGCGGAUAGCAGAGGUCUUGAAAAAGAAGGGUCAACACUGGAAAUAUUGACUCUUUGCAUAAACUUAAUGUAAUUGUCAAUAAAAGCCUUUGACACUUAUGGAAUGCUUGUAAUUAUACUUCAGUAUACCAUAGUAACAUCUGACAAAAAUAUCUAAACACACUGAAGCUACAAACUUUGUCAAGACCAAUACUUGUGUCAUUCUCAAAACCUUUGACCACGACUGUACAGUGAAAUGCUUACUUACAAGCCCUUAACCAACAAUGCAGUUUUAAGAAAGAAUAGCUAAAAAUAAAUAAAAGUAACAAAUAAUUAAAGAGUAGCAGUAAAAUAACAAUAGCGAGACUGAAUACAAGGGGUACCGGUACCGAGUCAAUGUGCGGGGGCACCGGUUAGUCAAGGUAAUUGAGGUAGUAUGUGCAGUGAGGGAAAAAAUAUUUGAUCCCCUGCUGAUUUUGUACGUUUGCCCACUCACAAAGACAUGAUCAGUCUAUAAUUUUAAUGGUAGGUUUAUUUGAACAGCGAGAGACAGAAUAACAACAACAAAAAUCCAGACAAAUGCAUGUCAAAAAUGUUAUAAAUUGAUUAGCAUUUUAAUGAGGGAAAUAAGUAUUUGACCCCUCUGCAAAACAUGACUUAGUACUUGGUGGCAAAACCCUUGUUGGCAAUCACAGAGGUCAGACGUUUCUUGUAGUUGGCCACCAGGUUUGCACACAUCUCAGGAGGGAUUUUGUUCCACUCCUCUUUGCAGAUCUUCUCCAAGUCAUUAAGGUUUCGAGGCUGACGUUUGGCAACUCGAACCUUCAGCUCCCUCCACAGAUUUUCUAUGGGAUUAAGGUCUGGAGACUGGCUAGGCCACUCCAGGACCUUAAUGUGCUUCUUCUUGAGCCACUCCUUUGUUGCCUUGGCUGUGUGUUUUGGGUCAUUGUCAUGCUGGAAUACCCAUCCACGACCCAUUUUCAAUGCCCUGGCUGAGGGAAGGAGGUUCUCACCCAAGAUUUGACGGAACAUGGCCCCGUCCAUCGUCCCUUUGAUGCGGUUAAGUUGUCCUGUCCCCUUAGCAGAAAAACACCCCCAAAGCAUAAUGUUUCCACCUUCAUGUUUGACGGUGGGGAUGGUGUUCUUGGGGUCAUAGGCAGCAUUCCUCCUCCUCCAAACACGACGAGUUGAGUUGAUGCCAAAGAGCUCGAUUUUGGUCUCAUCUGACCACAACACUUUCACCCAGUUCUCCUCUGAAUCAUUCAGAUGUUCAUUGGCAAACUUCAGACGGCCCUGUAUAUGUGUAUAUGUGCUUUCUUGAGCAGGGGGACCUUGCGGGCGCUGCAGGAUUUCAGUCCUUCACGGCGUAGUGUGUUACCAAUUGUUUUCUUGGUGACUAUGGUCCCAGCUGCCUUGAGAUCAUUGACAAGAUCCUCCCGUGUAGUUCUGGGCUGGUUCCUCACCGUUCUCAUGAUCAUUGCAACUCCAUGAGGUGAGAUCUUGCAUGGAGCCCCAGGCCGAGGGAGAUUGACAGUUCUUUUGUGUUUCUUCCAUUUGCGAAUAAUCGCACCAACUGUUGUCACAUCUGCUUGGUGAUGGUCUUGUAGCCCAUUCCAGCCUUGUGUAGGUCUACAAUCUUGUCCCUGACAUCCUUGGAGAGCUCUUUGGUCUUGGCCAUGGUGGAGAGUUUGGAAUCUGAUUAUUGAUAGCUUCUGUGGACAGGUGUCUUUUAUACAGGUAACAAGCUGAGUUUACGAGCACUCCCUUUAAGAGUGUGCUCCUAAUCUCAGCUCGUUACCUGUAUAAAAGACACCUGGGAGCCAGAAAUCUUUCUGAUUGAGAGGGGGUAAAAUACUUAUUUCCCUCAUUAAAAUGCAAAUCAAUUUAUAACAUUUUUGACAUGCGUUUUUCUGGAUUUUAUUGUUGUUAUUCUGUCUCUCACUGUUCAAAUAAACCUACCAUUAAAAUUAUAGACUGAUCAUUUCUUUGUCAGUGGGUAAAUGUAGAAAAUCAGCAGGGGAUCAAAUACUUUUUUCCCUCACUGUACAUGUAGGUAGAGUUAUUAAAUGCAAUGCAAAUAGUCUGGGUAGCCAUUUGAUUAGAUGUUCAGGAGUCUUACGGCUUUGGGGUACAAGCUGUUUGAAGCCUCUUGGACCUAGACAAGGUGAUCCCUUACCGCUUGCUGUGCGGUAGCAGAGAGAACAGUCUAUGACUAGGGUGGGUGGAGUCUUUGACAGUUUGUAGGGCCUUCCUCUGACAGCGCCUGCUAUAGACUGUCUCGUCGUUGUCGGUGAUCUGGCCUACCACUGUUGUGUCAUUGGCAAACUUAAUGAUGGUGUUGGAGUCGUGCCUAACCAUGCAGUCAUGGGUGAACAGGGAGUACAGGAGGGGACUGAGCAUGCACCCCUGAGGGGCCCCCGUGUUGAGACCUACCCUUACCACCUGGGGGCGGCCCGUCAGGAAGUCCAGGAUCCAGUUGCAGAGGGAGGUGUUUAGUCCCAGGGUCCUUAGCUUAGUGAUGAGCUUUGAGGGCACUAUGGUGUUGAACGCUGAGCUGUAGUCAAUGAAUAGCAUUCUCACAUAGGUGUGAAAGGGCAGUGUGGAGCGCAAUAGAGAUUGCAUCAUCUGUGGAUCUGUAGGGGCAUCAUGCAAAUUGAGUGGGUCUAGAGUUUCUGGGAUAAUGAUGUUGAUGUGAGCCAUGACCAGCCUUUCAAAGCACUUCAUGGCUACAGAUGUAAGUGCUAUGGGUCGGUAGUCAUUUAGGCAGGUUACCUUAGUGUUCUUGGACAAAGGGACUAUGGUGGUCUGCUUGAAACAUGUUGGUAUUAUAGACUCAGACAGGGAGAGGUUGAAAAUGUCAGUGAAGACACUUGCCAGUUGGUCAGCGCAUGCUUGUAGGACACAUCCUGGUAAUCCGUCUGGCCUUGUGAAUGUUGACCUGUUUAAAGGUCUUACUCACAUCGGCUACGGAGAGCGUGAUCACACAGUUGUCCGGAACAGCUGAUGCUGUCAUGCAUGUUUUAGUGUUACUUGCCUCGAAGCGAGCAUAGAAGUAAUUUUGCUCGUCUGGUAGGCUUGUGUCACUGGGCAGCUCACGGCUGUGCUUCCCUUUGUAUUCUGUAAUAGUUUGCAAGCCCUGCCACAUCCGACGAGUGUCGGAGCCGGUGUAGUACGAUUCGAUCUUAGUCCUGUAUUGACGCUUUGCCUGUUUGAUGGUUCGUCGAAGGGCAUAGCAGGAUUUUUUAUAAGCUUCUGAGUUAGAGUCCCGCUCCUUGAAAGCGGCAGCUCUACCCUAUAGCUCAGUGCGGAUGUUGCCUGUAAUCCAUGGCUUCUGGUUGAGGUAUGUACGUGCGGCCACUGUGGGGACGAUGUCAUCGAUGCACUUAUUGAUGAAGCCAGUGACUGAUGUGGUGUACACCUCAAUGCCAUCGGAAGAAUCCCGGAAAAUUUUCCAGUCUGUGCUAGCAAAACAGUCCUGUAGCUUAGCAUCUGCUUCAUCUGACACUUUUUUAUUGACCCAGUCACUGGUGCUUCCUGCUUUAGUUUGUGCUUGUAAGCAAGAAUCAGCAGGAUAGAAUUUUGGUCAGAUUUGCCAAAUGGAGGGCGAGGGAGAGCUUUGUACGCGUCUCUGUGUGUUGAGUAAAGGUGGUCUAUAUAUUUUUUUCCCUCUGGUUGCACAUUUAACAUGCUGGUAGAAAUGAGGUAAAACGGAUUUAAGUUUCCCUGCAUUAAAGUCCCGGGCCACUAGGAGCGCCGCCUCUGGAUGAGCGUUUUCCUGUUUGCUAAUGGCUGUGUACAGCUCAUUAAGUGCGGUCUUAGUGCCAGCAUCGGUUUAUGUUGGUAAAUAGACAGCUACGAAGAAUAUAGAUGAAAUCUCUCUUGGUAGAUAGUGUGGUCUACAGCUUAUCAUGAGAUACUCUACCUCUGGCGAGCAAAACCUCGAGACUUCCUUAGAUAUCGUGCACCUGCUGUUGUUUACAAAUAUACAUAGACCGCCACCCCUUGUCUUACCAGAGGCUGCUGUUCUAUCCUGCCAAUACAGUGUAUAACCCGCCAGUUGUAUGUUAUUCAUGUCGUCGUUCAGCUACGACUCUGUGAAACAUUACAGUUUUUUAUGUCCCGUUGGUAGGAUAUACGUGCUUGUAGUUCGUCCACUUUAUUAUCAAGUGCUAGCUGUGCCACUAGAGAUCCUGGUUUGAAUCCAGGCUCUGUCGUAGCCGGCCGCGACCGGGACACCCAUGGGGCGGCGCACAAUUGGCCCAGCGUCGUCCAGGGUAGGGGAGGGAAUGGCCGGCAGGGAUGUAGCUCAGUUGGUAGAGCAUGGCGUUUGCAACGGCAGGGUUGUGGGUUCGAUUCCCACGGGGGGCCAGUAUGAAAAAUAAAAAAAUAAUGUAUGCACUCACUAACUGUAAGUCGCUCUGGAUAAGAGCGUCUGCUAAAUGACUCAAAUGUAAAUGUAAAUGAUUAUACAUUGGCCAAUAGUACCGAUGGCAAAGGCAGAUUAGCACUCGUCGCCGGCUCCUUACCAGGCACCCCGAUCUCCUUCCGCGAUAUCUCCUUUUCUUUCUACUGCGAAUGACAGGGAUGAGGGCCCUGUCGGGUUUCUGGAGCAAAUCCCUCAUUAAAGAAAAAUUAUUAGUCCAGUUCAAGGUGAGUAAUCGCUGUUCUGAUGUCCAGAAGCUCUUUUCGGUCAUAAGAGACGGUAGCAGCAAUAUUAUGUACAAAAUAAGUUACAAACAAUGCGAAAAAACUAACAAAAUAGCACGGUUGGUUAAGAGCCCAUAAAACGGCAGCCAUCCCCUCCGGCGCAAUUGACACACUUUGUUUAUGUGCUUUUAGCACACAGGGCCUCAACAACAGAUUUCUACUAGUAGUAAUAUAGCUAGUAGAACUAUCCCAAUCUCCUCUGACAAUGCUAUGUGAGGACUGAGGCCCCAGCCAGGCUCAGGGACAGUCUUCUCUGCAGCUCGCCUGAUGCGCAGGAGAAGAGAAGCCCAAAAUGAUCCUCACUAACAUAGUUUCCUGAUUCAGGCUGAAACACAAAUGGCACCUUGAGGCGAACGUCAAGGACAGGAGGAGAGAAAAGGGAGGGGUAAGGGGGUAAGUUUAGGAUAGAGGGAUAGAGAGAAAGAAGGAAGGAAGCGAAGGAAAGGAGAAAAACGUCAGAGGGAGAACAAUGCCUCAUCUCUGUGUGUCAAAAGCGAUCUGUGGUGAGGAAGUUGAGGCUGGUUCUGACAGGAGGGAGUGUGCUGAUACGUGCGUCCUCCUGACCCCUCCGUAAUUCCACACAUCAAAGAGAGUGAGAGAGAGCCAUCCCGCAGCUGGCACAGAGGAGAGGGAGAGGGAUAGAGAGAGCGAGAGAGAGGGCAGGAGGUUUGCUGCAGGAAUCUAGCAGGCUUUUCAGAGAUUUGCUCGCUGGCGAGGCCAGAGUUAUCUGAACCCACAGGGGGAAGAAAAGCCCAAUGAUAUUUUUGAUCUUAUGAAUAUUUGACAUUCAUGCUUCAGCAGGUUGUGUGGUGGUGUGUUCUCUCUCUCUCCAUGAGGAGCUCUGUAGGCCAGGGUUACAGGGAGCAGCUCAGUUAUUUUCUAUAGUAAAUAGCGCUGGAUGGGAUAUUGACAAUGAGAUUGGAUUCUCUAGCUGGAACACUUGAUCUGGUUCCUCCCUUCUUUCACCCUUCACCACCUUUAUAUCGGAGCUCUAUUAAACACUGUGUGUUGCUAUUGAAACGUGACCUAUCAGUAAUGUAUACCACUACCAUUCCCCUCUUUCCCCUCUCCUCCUCCCCCCUCUCUCUGUCUCCUUCUGCUCCUCCCCCUCUACCUCCCCCUCUCCUUAUCCUCUUUUAGUGCUGGAUGUGUAUGUGCUCAGUACUGAUGGCCAGGUGCAGGACUUCAGGUUCCCCCAGACCAGCAAGGGUGGAGCCUCCAUUCAACUAUCUGCAAACACAGUCAAAGUCAACAGUAAAAACGGUAAAAAAAAAAAUGAAUGAAUUAAUGUGAUCAUGCUGAAGGAGCAUUGCCCUGCACUGAGUGUGGCUGAUGGAUAGAGAUGAGUAGCAAUUCUAUACGUUCACAAUGCCACCAUAAAUCUUAUUCUAAUGUGUUUUUUUCCCAGGUGUGGCCAAGCUGGUGUUUGUCCUCUAUAAGCACCUGGGCCGGUUCCUCAGUACAGAGAACGCCACGCUCCGGGGAGGAGGAGGCGGCGGAGGACGUAACCUCUCAGACCUGACCGUCAACUCACACAUCCUGGCCGCCUCCAUCACCAAGGAGUCCAGCCGCGUGUUUGUGUCCGACCCCGUCAUCUUCACCCUGGAGCACCUCGACGUGAGUCCCCAUUCCCCUGAGAAAACCCGGGAGCUCCAGAACUCUAGAGUCAGGCCGCGGUGUGGUUCAGUGCAGGGGGAAAUAGUGUGGAAGAGAAAUGGCAGUGUGGUCUUUAGUAGUUGGAGGAUAAAUGCCAAUUUCGUAGGAUACAGCUGCACGGCUACCACGGCUGUAAAAUAUAAGUACAUGUCAGAUCUGGAACUCCCACGGUUAUACACUUCUGUUAGUUUACAUAGAAAAGCUACCAUGUUUGUCAUGUGAUGAUGUAUGUCAAUAUACUGUAAAUGUUUAUAAUUGCACUUGACACGACAGACAAGUUGGAUCCAUCCAUAGGCCGAAGCAGGCUAACUUGAGUGCUUUCUUGUGUUUUCCAGUACUUAGCUUGUUGUUACUGUAGUCCCCUGUAGCUCAGUUGGCAGAGCAUGGCGCUUGCAACGCCAGGGUUGUGGGUUCAUUUCCCACGGGGGGCCAGUAUGAAAAUGUAUGCACUAACUGUAAGUCGCUCUGGAUAAGAGCGUCUGCUAAAUGACUUAAAUGUAAAUGUAAAUUUGCCAUGGCAGGCUUGUCUGCCUGCUGUUAUUGACCCUUGAUGGAAAAUGACAUAUACAUACAGUAUAUAUAGGUAGGAAGCAUAUGUACUCUAAAGUAAUGUGUUAGUUGUUUUAAACAAUGCUUAUAAUGUUGUUGUUUGUGGUAUUUGAGGUUUCCUUGUUUUUUUGCUUAUUGAGAACUACUACAACCCUAACUUUUAGCUAGUUGUUUUAAACAAUGUUCAUGUUUUUGUUAUUUUGUUACUUUUCUGCUUUGUAGAAGGAGCACUUCUACAACCCCAACUGCUCCUUCUGGAACUACUCUGAGAGGAGUAUGAUGGGCUACUGGUCCACUCAGGGCUGUAAGCUCCUUGACACAAACAAGAGCCACACCACCUGUUCCUGUAGUCACCUGACCAACUUCGCCAUCCUCAUGGCCCAUCGAGGAAAUGUGGUGAGUGGCCUUCAGUGGGUUUUUCUCAUGUUGUGUGGUUGGACUCUACUGGAUGUAUGUAAUAUGUACGUCUAGGGAACAUGGUGAGUGGGUGGUUCUCAUUUAAACUCUGAAUCCCAAAUCAACCCCUAGCAGCCCCUAACCCUCUAGACACUUGUGUAGAUUGGAGAUGAUUGGAUAUGUGUAAGAAAUAUGGUAGAUUUUCCCCAAUUCUUGUCCUCUGUGGAAUUGUAACAAUGUUGCGGACACUCGUACUGACUGCCCCCAUCCCCCCUCAUUGUAUGUACUUUAUGUACGUAAAUAUGGCUAGAGUAAGAUUGACAACUCUGAGGCUGAUUAGAUUUGAGGUGGUGGGUUGAGGGGAUGGGGGUUGAGGAGAGGAAUGCUGUUAGUUAAUGUAUGUGGAGAGAAACGGAAGGAGGCUGUCACUUACUUUGCCGGGAGUAAAACAUCAAGAGAUUGCAGGUACAAGAUAGUAAAAGUUAGCUCUACCAUUAUUGGAAAUAAAUUACAUUUUACUUAUGUUCCGUGACUAAUAACCUUCACGCACACGCAUAUCCUACACGGGGAAAUGUACACGGCAGCCCGGUGUCACGCUUCUUCAUUUUCCAUUUCCACUCGAUGACAUGAAGUGGGUGAGAUCCAUUCGCAAGCAAAAUGCAAUUACAAUCCAAUUACAUGAUAAAUAUAAUGUGCUGUGAGCAUCUACCAGUAAUAAACGUGGAACAUAAGUUUGUGGUGUAUAUAAUAACAUGUCCCGACUCAUGAAGUCUUCCCACGUCUUCCCCUCGCAAACCCCAAACCUUAAAACUCUUCACCACGAGGAGAAACCAGAGGUUUAAGCCAUCCCUCAGUCACACCAACCCUACUACUCACCUCAACUACAACUCCUCCUGGCCUGCCCUUAAUAAAAUGUGUCAUCUCACGGAACGGAUUACCUCAUGUUCAGACCACUAUCCCUGAGUGAUAUUCUGUAUGGUGAAGGCUUCUGUUUUUGCAUAUGGUCUUAUAGCCUACAUGUCCAUAUUGUAAUGUGUUCAUUUUCCUGGGUUGUGACACACACUAUAAUCAGCCCUUCACCCAGUGAUCCCACACUAUAUGUUAUAACAUGUCGCGCCUUGGUGAUACAGAGCUUUGUGACAGCUUACUAAUGACCUUACAUUGGCCCGGCACAUGUACAAGGAUCUAAAGACAUGUCAUCUGUUUCCUACAGUAGAUGUUGAGUGAAAUCCCUUAGUGAGUCAGGACAUCAUAUUAUGUCAAGGUUCAUUGAUGGGGACAUGAAGUCUGUCAUGUUUUAUGUUUUCCGACAGGUUAUUGGGUGUAAAUCCUCCCUGCUGUAUUGCUGUGUGUUUCUCAUUGGUUCACUGAUGUUGAGUUAAAUCUCUGUAUAAAUCUCUGCUUAUGUCAUAUUAGCUCCAGGUUAUUGGGUUUACUUAAGAUUAUAUAACGCAUACUGAUAAAUGUUGGGAACGGCAUUUGUACAAAGUGGCCUGAGCCAGGAAGUUGUCGGUUGUACUGUACUAGAUACUGUUGUCUCUGUCUUCCUACUCAUUUUAUUCCCUGACCAUUUGAAUAAAAGAAUAAGGUGAUCACAACAAAAAAGCUGUUUGGGUCUAACCCCCUGUGUUUAUGUCAUGUUAGGUCCUAGAUUCGGCAGGUUCUUGGUUCUAACCCCCUCUGUGUCUCUCUGUCCUGUCCACCAGGUGGAGGGGAGCGUCCAUGAGCUGCUGCUGACGGUGAUAACGCGGAUGGGCAUCGCUGUGUCUCUGGUGUGUCUGGCCAUCAGCCUGUUCACCUUCUGCUUCUUCAGGGGCCUGCAGAGCGACCGCAACACCAUCCACAAGAACCUCUGCCUCAACCUCUUUAUCGCUGAGCUCGUUUUCCUCGUGGGCAUCAACAUGACUGAACCCAAGGUAAGGAGUAUGGGCCCCCCUCAAGUAUACACACGGAUCAGAGUGGGCUUAGAUGCACAAUUAUUUUUUUCCCAUGGAAUAUGUUCCAGUUUUCUAUUCCUACUCUUCCAUUGACUUCCCCUGUGUUUCAAUACAGUUUCAAUGCCACUGUCCCUUUACCUCUGUAUGUGUAACCUUUAAAUGUGUCCCCCUCCCAGCUGGUGUGCUCCAUCAUCGCGGGCGUUCUUCAUUUCUUCUUUCUGGCGGCGUUUGCCUGGAUGUGCCUGGAGGGCGUACAGCUCUACCUCAUGCUGGUUGAGGUGUUUGAAAGCGAGUUCUCCCGCAGGAAGUACUAUUACGUCUCCGGAUACCUCUUUCCCGCUGUGGUGGUGGGAAUCUCUGUCGCCAUCGACUACCGCAGCUACGGGACACAGAAGGCGUAAGUAACACUAGAGCUCAUCUUUAGACAGGGCCUUUGUGAUCUUGCUUGACUCAGAAUGCAGUAGUUUAUAAUAUGUUUACGCUAGGUCUGUCAAACGCUAAAAACAUUUUAUUGAGUUAAUCGCAGGAUUUGCUGCGAUUAAUCGUAAAUUCAGAAUUUGCUCGAAUUACGCUGUAAUUUAAGAUUUUUUUUAUACAAAAGCAUUACAAGAAUAUUGACGUCUUGAUUUUGUCCAAUGUAAUGGUAAGCAAAAUCAAGUAAAUUGAUAAAGCACACUUUCUUUAAUCUCAAUGUCAACUUGUUUUGACAUCGCAUUGUUGUGUUUAGCUGUAUAAAUUAUGUAUUUUGGAUGUUUUCAGUGUAUUUUUAAUGCUUUCAGACAACACGAUUAAUAAAAUAAAUAAUUGUGCACUAAAAUUACAAAAUGUUAUCUUGAGUUAACUGAUUUACUCUGACAGCCCUAGUUUACGCACAUCCAGUAACCUUCAGGUGCAGAGUACGAAAAGUUACGUCAGAAAAAGACCUUGGGAUGGAAACGUUGCACAGUAAAACUGCGGGAGCAUUCAACAGUAUCUAUCUUCCUUUCUUGGUGCAGAGAGCAUCAGGUCUCCCAGAACAGCCAACUCCAUAUCAAGACUCCCUUUCUUCCCCACAGUGCUAAUGAGAGCUACAUCACAGACCCUAGUCUCCCUCUCCCUCUGCCUCCUGGCAAAUGUAUACCCUGUCAGAGAGGAAAGAGAAAAGCUGUGAGCAAAACCACUACAUUAAUGAAUUCUCUGGCUGGCUGGUUUUGCUGGUCUGGUAUUUUCUCUGAGCUUUACGUCUUCAAACUUUUUUAUUCUUCAGUGGCCUUUAUCCAAGAAACAAGCCUUAUGAUUUGUCAUAAGCCUUCCUUUAAAUUGGGUGUUUUAACAUUUUGUGGCUGUAGUGCAACGGUCCCUGAAUUUGAAUGAACAUAUUCUCUGAUAAUACAUACAGUAGCUUCAGCACAACAAAUAUUGUUGGAACUAUUUGUGACCACGUUUUGACUGUUUAGUCUAAAGUAUAGCCAGACUGCUCUCUCAAUUGUAGACAUUGGUACCCUCUAAAGUCGUGAAUCCAAUACCAGUGCUGUUGUAUGGCUCGCAGCCAGAAUGUGUUCAAGGUCAGGUUCUCUCUCUACUUUGGUCAAGAAGGUAAAUAAAUCACUAUUCUAUUGCUGUAGAAGCUAUAUAAUCAUGUCAUCUAUCUAGUCUAGAAGCCAGGCUGGUUAGUGAUCAGUAGGGAACGAUGUAACAACUGCUGCUGUGUUCUUAGAAUAUAAUUGCAGAGAUUUUACAGUCACAGUGGGAGAGCCAGAAUAGCUCAUUUGCUCUUGAGGGAUGCCUAUCACCUGAUCACAUGACAUGUUCCAUUGCAGCUGCUGGCUGAGGGUGGAUAACCACUUCAUUUGGAGCUUCAUAGGACCUGUCACCUUCAUUAUCAUGGUAAGCCACAUUAUUCUGUGCUGGAAUGUAAAUCAGGUAUGUGUGUAUAAUACAUACAGUAUGCUUGUGUGUGCCUAUGUCUGUGCCUCUGUGAAGAGGGAAAAAAUACAUGUAUUUUUCUGUUAUUUUGUCCUCGUCUGGUCACUUAGCUCUUGCUUUCGCUGAUCAAUUUGCAUGAAAGGAAAGUGGUCCAUUAUAGCUGACCUGAGGACAUCAGCAGUCAUUCAGUUGUAAAAUCCUAUGAAAUCAGUCUAGUCAAGUGCGCAGCAGUCAACAGCUUAGCUGUUUUUUUGGUGGAAAGAUUUGCGCAUUGUGGAAGCAUUCCUCCCUUUCACACACUCAGUCGUCUGAGGAGGAGGAGGAUAAGAGACAAUCUCAGGCAUGAAGGUCAUUUGCUCAGUUAGACAAAGAGGGGGUUGAGGGAGAUGGGGAGAGACGGAUGAACAUGGAAGUAAUGAGUGGGUGGGCCAGACAGCCAUUACCCACAACCCCCUGGCCCUGCCGAGGAUCAUGACGUAUCUCCAGCCAAUCCCAUUGCACAGACAUCUCCGUCUUCACCUCUUAAUAUUUCAUGCAGGCUGCAUGUAGUACACACACACACACACCCACACACACACACUCAUACAUAAUAAUAAUAAUAAUUAUUAUAAUUUGGUGGGUACUUAUAUUUGUCCUAUUUCACAAAUGUACAAGUGUGUAUUAUACGUAUGUGUGAUUUAGAAAUGUUUUUUUGUUGCAUAUCCUAAGUCCCCCUGAGACACGCACACACCACGCACACACAUGCACAUACAUUUGUAUUAUUCACACAGAAGACACGCGUGUAAAUGUGUACACACUGUGUUUAUACAGCACAUACUGUGCAUAGAUACCCAAGAAAAAGGGCAUUCUGGUUUCGUUGGUGUGUUUUGAGGAGAUGAGAGGGUCCAUAGAGAGUGGGGUGCGGGGGGAAUCAAGGACAUGUACAGUUCGGUGCCUGCCUCUAUGCCUGUCUACCUGCCUGCCUGUCUCAUCAGAUCUGUGUCGACACUGGCGGCUGUGUUCAAUGCAUCUCCAACCACUCAACUCAUGCAGACCUAAAUCGGCCCUAGUGGCUAGGAGACAAAACUCCACAUCACUCUAAUCUCUGAUCUAAAACCCCUUAUUCGUCUUUUCUCCUCUCCCUCUCUCCAGCUCUGCCCUCUUUCUGUCUUUCUCCCCACGUUAUUGGUUUAUUCUUUUAAAGGGAUGUACAUAGCUACGGCUCUACUGGUCUGGUGUAUUCAUGUUUUAGAAUGAGAUCAUAUACUGAACAGCAUUCAUAAAAUUCAGCCCACAAAUAUAUUGUAUUUAAUAAUCUUGGGACAGUAUCUCUACUUGAUCAGUAUUGCUUUGUGUUCUCGCAAACCCAGGCAGUUUUUGUCAUUUAUUUUCUUUCAUAAAGAUUGGUCAGGUUUCUGAAUAAAUAGGCUGGGGGGCAGAUUAUGGUGGAGAAGAUUUUAAUAACUUAAAAUGCAAGAUAUGUUUUCUUUUAUAGAAGUAUUAAAAAAUAUAUAUAAUAUUUACUGAAUAUUUACUGAAUAGUUGUUUUUGGUGAGGUUUUAAUGUGGUAGUGACUGAGCCAAAUUGAAGAAUCCCCUCCUUCCCCCCUGUGCUUACAGAAAAACAUCCUGAAGUCAUGGAAACCUUUCUGAAUGUAUAGCUUAAUAUAUGGAGCUGUUUUUCCUGGCUCUAGAUGUUUGUUUCUAAAAUAUGGCGCUCUGCUGUGUCUUUUCCACUCACUCUGUUCUGUUCUGGCUGUAUUAGAUUUACAUUCCCUUGCUCUCUCUCUCGAUGAGGAAUAACACUCUGCGUUUGGCACCAGCCUGCUUGGCUAAGUAAGGCCUGAGGUUGUGCGUUACAUCAGCCAUAGGAGUGGGAAGGGGCAUCCAAGGCCUUUAUCAUAGCCAGUGUUAGUGGAGCUGGAGACCAAAGCUAAGCUACAACCUCUCUAUUCUCACUUUUGGGAGACCAUUUGCACUGAAGCUUGAAAGUUUCAUAUCCCUCUUGGUAAGACAUACUAAUGUUGACGCUUGCGAUUGUGCCAAAAUCACUACAGGUUAAGCAUUAUUACCAUGUAUGAUCUCAGAAAGUCACUAAAACAUGCAGGUGACAUGCUGCUAGUUACAUUUAGGAGAGUUUGUCCUGUUUCUGUGUGCAAACCACCCUUUUUGUGGUUUAAGUUGCCACGAAAUGUAGGCGACAUGCAUUGCUGCUCAUACCAUGAAAUGAAUGCCAUGCUCCAGCGUGAUGUGUUAACCUUGCUGUGCCUCUGUUUUGACAGCUCAAUCUCAUCAUCCUGAUUGUGACCAUGUACAAGAUGGUGAAGCACUCCACUUCCAUGAAACCCGACUCGACCCGGCUGGGCGGUAUCAGGUGAGAGGGGGCUGCUAUUACUGGUUUUGUCAGCUCAGUUUUAAGUGAGAAAACAAAGCAUUGUGUGCUGUCCUAUUCCCUGCCACGGUCUUGCUUGUGCAAUAUUAAAGGGUGCAUUUGGUGUAUUUGACCUUAGAAUUACAUCUCAAUAACCCAUAACUGGAGUGGACAAAUAUAUUUAUUUCAAAUUUUAUUUCUAUCCUCAGGUGUUGCCUUUUUGGUUGGUGUUUAUGAGGGCAGUGUUUGCAUUAUACAUGGGUUAUUAUGCCUCCUUUAUUUAUUCAUAACUGCAUCCCUGACCUCUUGUAUUAGUUGCUCCUUUGUUGGCAUCAUUUACAGGUUCCUCUGGAACCCUAGCUCAAAGAUAUUAGAUUUAAGGGGAGGAACUGGAGAUGUGCACACAUCUUUAUUCAAACAUCCAGUCAAUCCAGCAAAUUGGAUAAAAGAAAAGUCCCUAGCCAGUUUCUGUCCUAAAAUACUUGUCAAACAAUAACUAAAAGACAGAAUGACAUAUGCCAUUCCUGUUUUGUAAUUGGUCUUUUUGUAAUAAAAUCUAUGUUUUUCGGCUUUUAAUACCAGCAAAAUCAUUUUAAUGACUUCUGAACCGUGCUAUCCUGGUUAAAAAUGUAAUUUAAAGAGAGCCUGCUUUCAAAGAUAGCGGCCAAUUCAAACAAAUAAUUUAUUCAAAAGACCCAAAACUCAUUAACCAUAAUUAAUUGGAGUCCACCUCUAAUCAACCACUUAUUUACUCCUACAAAGUUAGAUUUGGUAACUUUCCACAAGACUUUGAAAUUAUCAGUUAGUUGAGUUUUAACAAGCAUAAAGAGCCAGCGUACCCACGCACAAAAUAUAUCAAAUAAUGAACAAUGUACACAAUGUGACACAAAAGCACGACUAAUCUGUAGCAUCUCUCCCUCUUUAGGUUUGUAUUCUCUUCUGUCCUUGGAUUUCUCUGAAACUCAGACGUGGUACAAUGGUGGCUGGUUUUCACUGGUCUCCUCUUUUCUCAUCCAGGGUUGCUCACUCUUUUUCUCCUGUGUAUCGAUGGCUCCUUUUGCCAGCCGUCGCCAUUGGAACUUACCAUUGGUUAUAUGAUUUCCUCUAGGCUUUCCUGAAAACUCCUGUGAGAAACCUGCUGUGUUUGCUGUUUCUGUUUAGCCAGCCAACCCUGAGGAAGGCCAAGGAAACUAGUUAGUUAGACUCUGUCAGAGUUGGACUGUAUAUACUGUAUAAACACGUCCAGAAGGAGAAAUAGAGAGGGAUGGUAACACAGCCCCCUUCUUUCCCCACAUAACGAAUCCGUAGGAACCGAACAGAGAGCAGUUACUUAGGUUAUUAUUAAUGAUUGUGAACAAUAUUGUGUGUGUGUUUCAGAUCCUGGGUGCUUGGAGCAUUUGCCCUGCUCUUUCUCCUGGGUCUGACCUGGUCGUUUGGCCUGUUCUUCCUCAACGAAUCCUCCGUCGUCAUGGCGUACCUCUUCACCAUCUUCAACACUCUGCAAGGGAUGUUCAUCUUUAUCUUCCACUGUCUCCUCCAGAAAAAGGUAAGGAUUUAAUACAUACAGUGCCUUUGGGAAAGUAUUCAGACCCCUUGACCUUUUCCACAUUUUGUUACGUUACAGCCUUAUUCUAAAAUGUAUUAAAUUGUUUUUCCCCUCAUCAAUCUACACACAAUACCCCUUGAUGACAAAGUGAAAACAGGUUUUUAGAAAUUGUUGCUAAUUUAUUAAAAAUAAAAAACGGAAAUAUCACAUUUACAUAAGUAUUCAGACCAUUUACUCAGUACUUUUUGAAGCACCUUUGGCAGGGAUUACAGCAUCGAGUGUUCUUGGGUAUGAAGCUACAAGCUUGGCACACCUGUAUUUGGUGAGUUUCUCCCAUUGUUCUCUGCAGAUCCUCUCAAGCUCUGUCAGGUUGGAUGGGGAGCGUUGCUGCACAGCUAUUUUCAGGUCUCUCCAGAGAUGUUUGAUCGGGUUCAAGUCCGGGCUCUGGCUGGGCCACUCAAGGACAUUCAGAGACUUGUCCCGAAGCCACUCCUGCGUUGUCUUGGCUGUGUGCUUAGGGUUGUUGUCCUGUUGGAAGGUGAACCUUCACCCCAGUCUGAGGUCCUGAGCGCUCAGGAGCAGGUUUUCAUCAAGGAUCUCUCUGUACUUUGCUCCGUUCAUCUUUGCCUCGAUCCUGACUAGUCUCCCAGUCCCUGCCACUGAAAACACCUCCACAGCAUGAUGCUGCCCCCACCAUGCUUCACCGUAGGGAUGGUGCCAGGUUUCCUCCAGACGUGACGCUUGGCAAAUAGUUCAAUCUUGGUUUCAUCAGACCAGAGAAUCUUGUUUCUCAUGGUCUGAGAGGCUUUAGGUGCCUUUUGACAAACUCCAAGUGGGCUGUCAUGUGCCUUUUACUGAGGAGUGGCUUCCGUCUGGCCACUCUACCAUAAAGGCCUGAUUGGUGGAGUGCUGCAGAAAUGGUUGUCCUUCUGGAAGGUUCUCCGAUCUCCACAGAGGAUUUCUAGAGCUCUGUCAGAGUGACCAUCGGGUUCUUGGUCACCUCCCUGACCAAGGCCCUUCUCCCCCGAUUGCUCAGUUUGGCCGGGUGGCCAGCUCUAGGAAGAGUCUUGGUGGUUUCAAACUUCUUCCAUUUAAGAGUCCACUGUGUUCUUGGGGACCUUCAAUGCUGCAGAAAUGUUUUGGUACCCUUUCCCAGGUCUGUUCCUUGACACAAUCCUGUCUCUGAGCUCUACGGACAAUUCCUUCGACCUCAUGGCUUGGUUUGUGCUCUGACAUGCACUGUCGACUGUGGGACCUUAUAUAGACAGGUGUGUGCCUUUCCAAAUCAUGCCCAAUCAAUUGAAUUUACCACAGGUGGACUCCAAUCAAGUUGUAGAAACAUCUCAAGGAUGAUCAAUGGAAACAGGAUGCACAUGAGCUCAAUUUCGAGUCUCAUAGCAAAGGGUCAGAAUACUUAUGUAAAUAAGGUAUUUCAGUUUAUUUUAAUUUUUUAUAAAUAAACCUUUCACUUUGUCAUUAUGGGGUAUUGUAAUAUUUAAUCCAUUUUAGAAUAAGGCUGUAACGUAACAAAAUGUGGAAAAAGUCAAGGGGUCUGAAUACUUUCCGAAGGCACUGUAUGACCUAUAUGAAGAUAAUGCUACAACAUUUUGUACAUCAAUGUUUGAAUAUAAGUUUUCCUCACCAGAGUUGGGAAAUAACCUUCUUUUUAAUGUCUAGUUUCCCAAAGAAAUAAGAUAACAAAGUAUCUAUGUAUACUUAAGUCCAAUGGAAAAUAUAUACUUUUCAGUCCACUGUCUGCUGUCUCUUGACAUUUAAGACUAUCUCUGAUAUAAGCAACACCUCUGUGUCAUAUUUGUCCCCCUACAAAAUCCCCCUCCUUAUGGUAUUUUAAUGUGUCAUCGUGGCAGACGUGAUAGGCCUAUCUCCAGAGACACGCCAUUUGAACUGCUGCUGUCGGCUGGUGGCAUUUGAUACAGAUAUUUAUUUUGUGGCUUUUUGUUACAGGAUGAUAGAAGAAGCUUCCUCUCUUUUUCUCUCUGGAGGAGCCUGUCACUGUUGCAGUGUCUCUGAGUUCACUGUGUCUCUGUUGCUCUGCCCUGAUCUUGUGCCCGCUGCAGGUCCGUAAAGAGUACAGCAAAUGUUUCCAUCAGUCCCAGUGCUGCGGAGGUCUGCCUUCUGAAGGGUCCCACAGCUCGGCCAAGACAACCACAUCCCGAUCCACCGCACGCUACUCCUCCGCCACACAGGUACAGUACAUACUAGGUACAGUACAGCAGCGGGAAGUUGGAUUAUAUAUACCUUUUUUUCUGUCUUUUCUUUCUUUGGAGAGGGAAAGGAGAGUUCUUUUACUAUUUUUCUUUCUCCUGUUGCAUGCUAGUACGUCGAGCAUUGAGAGCAGUACUGUAGUAUACUUCAGUAUAGCUUUAUAGUCCCAGGGGGAGAUUGGAUUGCGGCAUAGAAAGGAAAGGCGAGUUGUGGUCUUUUUUUUCUGUUGCAUGCUAACAUAGAGGGAAGAGUGUUAGUGUUGAGUUGAAGGUGGACCUUCCAAUCUCCUUGUGUGAAAUAGCCUUCUUUCUUUCCCCUGAGAGUGAAAGGGAGUGCCUACGCCUUGUUCUUCUGUUGCAUGCUAGCAUGUAGAGGGAACAGGGAACGACAUCAGUGUUGAAGGUUAUUCCAAUACAUUGUGGCUGCGUCUGAAAUGGCACUCUAUUCCAUAUAUAGUGCACUACUUUUGUAAAAGAUAAAGUGAAUAGUGUGUGUCGUUUCGGAUGCAUCCAUUUUGUUUCCUGCGUCAAUCUUGGAGGUGGUUCUUGUAAUCCAUUGUUUUUGCUUGCUGCCUCCACAGAGUUAUGCUCUUUUUCUUGUGUUCUUUUUCUGUUGCAUGUAAAGGGAACUGACAUCGGUGUUAAAAGUUAUUGUAAUACAAUGUGUGUGUUGUUUACCUCCUCCACAGAGUCGUAUCAGGAGGAUGUGGAACGACACGGUGAGGAAGCAGUCCGAAUCCUCCUUCAUCUCCGGAGACAUCAACAGCACCUCCACCCUGAACCAGGGUAAGACACUGUCCCCUCUGUCCACACUGUCUCUAUUUACACAUGCUGUAUUCUCUCUGUUAUGGGACCUUGAAUAGACAAGUGCCUGAAUAAAUCUGGCAGAUGCAGAUUUAAUUUUUAUGUAUUUAACUUUUAUUUAACCAGUCAAUGAUGAUGAUCUACAUUCAAAGAGGCAGCUUUUUGAAAAAAGGAUAGUUGUUUACUCAAUAUGGUCUAGUGCUUGUGUCUGUCCUGAUUCAAAUAAACCAUGAAAAACAAAUCAAAUAAAUACACGCAAAAAAAAUGUUUUUAAAUGAGUCAAAGUUCACGUCAACGUGUCUUUUGAUGGUCGAUCUGCACAGCUGCUACUUGUUGGAUGGGAGAAGUAUUACAUAGCCAUUUAGUCUGGUUUCAAGUGUUAGUGAUGAGAAGCUGGUGUCUCUGCAUGUGUGUUCAACUCUGGGAGACCUUGACUGGCUGGCUACAGGAGCUGUGCUGUCUGUGCACUGACUCAUCCUCACCCUGGCCUGAUCCUGAUGAGGAGAGAGAGAGAGACUGGGAAUAAAUAGAGAGAUAUGGAGAGAAAGCGAGAGAGAGGGAGAGAGACGGGGGAGUGCGAGAGAGACGGGGAAUGCAAGAGAGACGGGGAGUGCGAGAGAGAUGGGGAGUGAGAGAGAGAGAGACGAGAGAGAUUUAACACUACUCAGCUUAGAGUUUUUUUCAACUUCUAUUCUCCUUAUCAGUGUCUGCCCUCAGCAUUAAGAUAACUCCUAAUCGCUCCUGAUAAGAGAUGAGAUAUGAGAGAUUCGUUUUCAAUGACUGGACAUUGCUAUUUUAUAUUUUUAUACAAUGGGUGGGUCUAAUCCUGAAUGCUGAUUGGUUAAAAAUACAUUCCAGCAGGUGUCUAUACUUAUGGAAUACUUAUGUAUUAUGUAUACUAUAUAAAAUGGGAGCACAGUGAUGUCAAUAGAUACCGAUGUGUAGUCCCCACAUCAUCAGUGUGAUUGUAUUGACUAUAUUCUGUCUGCUGACUGCAGAGUGGAUACUUAAAAGUACUUGUUUUAUAUGGCUACUGUAAUCAUACUGAAUAUUUUGACCAUGUAUGGCUAAUCAUACUGAAUAAUUUGACUCACACUUUAUAACCUACUGUUGUGUUUAUUUAUUAGUCAAAUAUUUGUUUAACAGAGAAAGUAUUUGGCAAUGUUGUGAGUAUUGUACAGGAGUGCUUGGCACUAUCUGGUGGCAAAGCAAGUGGCUUUGUUUACAACAGACGGCCGACGCACUUGUUGCGGACGUUAUUUAUUGCUUGCUGUUCUGUGAAAUUAAGUCUGGAGAAUGCGGUGUGUAGACAUUAUUUAAACAUCAACUACUCAACUAACCGGCACAUCAUAUUUACUGAAGAAGCACACUGCUGCAACUCCUAUACACAUGUCACUUUUUCCUCAGGUCUCUUUUGCUCUUUUCUCCUUCUUCCCUUCUUUACUCUCCUGCCUCAUCUUUCUAUAAUAAUAAUAUGAUAAUAUAUAAUAUAAUAGUCUUUCUCUUUUCUCUCUCUCUCUCUCACUGUUUCUUGCAGGAUUGACUGACAACUACCUCCUAAGUAACACUCUCCUGCCUUUCUUUCUUUCCUCCCUCACUCUUUCCUUCUCUCUCACAGGCAUGACUGGCAACUACCUCCUAACUAACCCUCUGCUCCGAGCCCACGACCCUAACAACCCCUAUAACAACCUGCUGGCUGAGACGGUGGUGUGCAACACCCCCUCCCCUCCAGCCUUUCACUCACCAGGUGCACGGUGACCUCUAACCUUUCUAUGUAGAUCUGUGUUUGUCUGUGUCUGAAAUGGCACCAUAUUCCCUAUGUAGUGCAUUACCUUGACUAAUUUGACUCGACUGGUGCACUAUAUAGGGAAUAGGGUGCCAUUUGGACACACGUUUGUUUUGUUUUAGUGUGUGUUUGAAGCUAAUUGAGAUAGCAGUACUUUGUGGGGUUGUGGCCCCUACACAGCAUGAAGUGUUGAGAAGCCUUACUCUACGUUUUAGAGUUGUCCUUUCUCUCUCUCUCUCUCUCUCUCUCUCUCUCUCUCUCAUUACCACUUCUCUUUAUUUAAUCUUUAUUUAGCUAGUAUGAAAGCUGUGCUUUCUAACACAGCAUGAGAUAAGGUUGUGAAUGGUCAGUGCUAUCUUAUCUAGACUACUCCAACAUUCAUUCAUAGGAAAUCAAGAUUAAUUUAUUCUGAGUUUAUAUAUUAUAUCCUAUUAUUUACCAUUCUCCUCCUUCACCCGUCAAUUAUACCUUUUAGAGCAGGUUCAAUAGCAUUUUUUUUUUUUCUUGACUACAAACCUGAAUCCCCAUUUAUUUGAAUGCUGUCAUUGUCUGUGUAGCGUGACCCAGAUACCCUCUCUGUCAGACUAAAAGGAGAAAGCCAAGCAAAGGAACAAAAAAACACAGGAGCACAUGACGCAAUGCAGGCAGAAUUAUACCCCUCAGAUAUGCAGAGGCAUUUGAUGAUGAAAGAGCAGAGGAUGGAAGGAAAGGAAGCAGUGCCAGGAUGAAUGUGUGGAGGGAGGGAGGGGGGGAAGAAGGAUACAGGAGAACAUACAGAAACUGCAGUCGCUCGCUCUGAUUUGGCAGGUCUCCAAGUUUGCUCGCUUCACAAUGAGAACACUGAGAACACUUUUAAGUCAAAUUUUCUGCCUUUUGUUCUGGAAGAGGUUGGAAAGAGUUCGGAACCUAACAUAAACCGAUUGUCACAGAAAUCAAAGACAUUUCAUGAUAUCAUUACGAUUUAAUUACAAUCAUGAUACCAAUGAAAUACCAGCAUGAUCAAAACACCACAAAUGUAAGUACAAUCUACAAAUACCCCUGCUAUAUAGCAAGCAAACAAUGCUUUCAUCAUAGGGUAGUUACAGUAUAAGCUAACUUAUUUUAGUUAAGUGGCGGUGAUAAAUGAAGGGACAGUCAAAUUAACAGGUUAUUGUAAUGCAUCACUGUCAUCAUCCCUUAACCUGCCGAGACACAUCAUCAGUCAGUCAGUCCUCCCUACAGGCAGAUUAGUCAUGUGGAAAUACAUGAGACACACACAGCCAUGAGGGACAUACUCCGCAUACCUGCAUCCUCAAACAUUACAGAUACUAUCGUUAACGACUCACAGUUGAAGAACAUGAAAGCACUCAAACAUUAUUAAUAACUAAUUGAAGAACAUGAAAAGUUGAAGACAACCAUGUCUCUGUCACUAACAAAUAGUCAUGGGUGAUAACUCUACAAUUAACUCAAAGAAAAGGCACCAUGGGAAAUAUGCAAAUGAGGCUUUACACAAGAGAUCAUCAACAAGAUUCACCCGCAGGCUGAUUUUUUUCUUGAGCGAAUGGUCAGGGGACCGGAACAUAAUUACAAGUAGUUUGUAGAAUGCAAAUUGACCGCAAGAAGCUCAAACAUACACUACCGGUCAAAAGUUUUAGAACACCUACUCAUUCAAAGGUUUUUCUUUAUUUUUACUAUUUUCUACAUUUUAGAAUGACAGUGAAGACAUCAAAACUAUGAAAUAACACAUAUGGAAUCAUGUAGUAACCAAAAAAGUGUUAAACAAAUCAAAAUAUAGGUUAUAUUUGAGGUUCUUCAAAUAGCCACCCUUUGCCUUGAUGACAGCUUUGCACACUCUUGGCAUUCUCUCAACCAACUUCACCUGGAAUGCUUUUCCAACAGUCUUGAAGGAGUUCCCACAUAUGCUGAGCACUUGUUGGCUGCUUUUCCUUCACUCUGCAGUCAGACCCAUCCCAAACCAUCUCAAUUUGGUUGAGGUCUGGGGAUUGUGGAGGCCAGGUCAUCUGAUGCAGCACUCCAUCACUCUCCUUCUUGGUAAAAUAGCCCUUAUACAGCCUGGAGGUGUGUUGGGUUAUUAUCCUGUUGAAAAACAAAUGAUAGUCCCACUAAGCCCAAAUCAGAUGGGAUGGUGUAUCGCUGCAGAAUGCUGUGGUAGCCAUGCUGGUUAAGUGUGCCUUGAAUUCUAAAUAAAUCACAGACAGUGUCAACAGCAAAGCACCCCCACACCAUAACACCUCCUCCUCCAUGCUUUACGGUGGGAAAUACACAUGCAGAGAUCAUCCGUUCACCCACACCACGUCUCACAAAGACACGGCGGUUGGAACCAAAAAUCUCCAUUUUGUUCUCCAGACCAAAGGACAAAUUUCCACCGGUGUAAUGUCCAUUGCUCGUGUUUCUUGGCCCAAGCAAGUCUCUUCUUCUUAUUGGUGUCCUUUAGUAGUGGUUUCUUUGCAGCAAGUCGACCAUGAAGGCCUGAUUCACAGUCUCCUCUGAACAGUUGAUGUUGAGAUGUGUCUGUUACUUGAACUCUGUGAAGCAUUUAUUUGGGCUGCAAUUUCUGAGGCUGGUAACUCUAAUAAACUUAUCCUCUGCAGCAGAGGUAACUCUGGGUCUUCCAUUCAUGUGGCGGUCCUCAUGAGAGCCAGUUUCAUCAUAGCGCUUGAUGUUUUUUGCGACUGCACUUGAAGAAACUUGAAAUUCUUGAAAUUCUCCGUAAUGACUGACCUUCAUGUCUUAAAGUAAUGAUGGACUGUCAUUUCUCUUUGCUUAUUUGAGCUGUUCUUGUCAUAAUAUGGACUUGGUCUUGUACCAAAUAGGGCUAUCUUCUGUAUACCCCCCCUACCUUGUCACAACACAACUGAUUGGCUCAAAUGCAUUAAGGAAAGAAAUUCCACAAAUUAACUUUUAAGAAUGCACACCUGUUAAUUGAAAUGCAUUCCAGGUGACUACCUCAUGAAGCUGGUUGAGAGAAUGCCAAGAGUGUGCAAAGAUGUCAUCAAUAUAUUUUGAUUUGUUUAACACUUUUUUGGUUACUACAUGAUUCCAUAUGUGUUAUUUCAUAGUUUUGAUGUCUUCACUAUUAUUCUACAAUGUAGAAAAUAGUAAAAAUAAACUGCCAAAUUUACAGUGUACCUGUCUGCAUUAAAAUGACUGCCCAUGCAUAAACAAAUGCAAAUCCUGCAAUGGGGCUUUUCACGCUAUUUCCAUAUUUUUUCCUUCUCUCUUUCUUUGCCCUCAAACUUCUCCCCCAUCCCUCCCUCCGUGUUCCCUCCUUUCGCUCUUUUUCAAAAUUCUUUGAUGUCUGUUUUUACCAAAGAGGUAAAGAGAUCCUUAUCUCCACGGCAGUGUGUGUCAUAGCCCAGCUCCAAUUGUAUUCCUCCAUCUCCCAGUCAGGUCUAUUCAGACUCAUUUAACUGAAAUCUAAAACUGAAAUCUCCCCCUUUUUGUGGGGCUUGAAGCGAAGCAGUAACUAACCAACAAAAUACGCCUUUGCCUUUUUUUCAUCCUCUUCCUUCGCUCAUUUAGGCUCAUCCUCCUAUUCCCUCUCUUCUUCAUCUUCUGCCGACUUUCUUCUAGCCAGUCUUUGGUCUUCACAAGAGGUUAUCAGUGUGAUCUAUUGUGUACAAAGUAUUUAUUUCCCAUCUGGGAGAAGUAGAUAGAAACCUGUUAAAUCAAAUCAUCCUUCAAUCACAUUUUAAGCAGAGAGAGAGAAAGUAAUGAUAUGAUAGUGUACCUGCCAUUUUACACUUUGUUAAGAGGCUGUGAUUGCUUGCUGCUGAAACCCCUCCACCUGCCAAGUCCUGGAUUCAGUUGUUCACAGGAUUUGUUGUCUAUAGCUUUCUCAAACGUUUUCAAAUGAUUUCAAAUUAAUCUGUAAAUGAGAGUUGUACUCGAAUAAAUCAGUCACUUUUUGAGGGGACCCAAAUCUGAGACAGACCGACUGAAUCCAGGCCUGAUUUUUGAAGCCUCCUCCUCCUUCCUCUUUUGUCUUAUUUCAGUGAUUUUCUAUUUUUUUAUGCCGCAAUAAAAAAGCAUAUGUUUUACUUUUUUUUGCAUAUCAGCAGUUCUUAGGCCAGAUAGCCUGAGCAGACACACUUGAUGUGAGUGGUGGUAAAGUGAGUCGUUGCACCGUGCCUAUGUGUCGUGGUGGUGUGGGGGGCUGUGCUUGUGUGGCUCCAGUGGUGAACGAGGUGGCCGUACGUCUUUGUUCGACAUUUAUUCCUUCUUUCUUUCUUUUAAGAGUGGAAUGAAUGUUUUAUUCAUUGUCACUUUUCUACCUCCACCUCCCCCACAGCUUUUUUUCUGUCAUAACUUCUGUGUUAUGAUGUUAUGUUGAUCUUGCUAUGUCGUUGUUACCUGGCUAGCUACAUUAUCUGUGUGUUGUUGCUGGAUGUGGAAUGUUUCUUUUUGGUUUUUCCUUUCUCAUUUGUGAAAUAUUGUUCAGGAUAUCUUCUGUAUUGUUUAUGAUAAUGUUCAGACAUGAUGAUGCUAAAUGGAGACACAUGAUAGAAAACUAUACAAUUAAAGAGGUUCAAAUUUGAAGUACAGUAAGCGUCAAAGUAUUGGGACAGUGACAAUAAUGUAUGGUAAAUAAUGUAUUGUGUCAGUUUGGAGUCACUUUUAUUGUAAAUAAGAAUAUAAUAUUUUUGUAUAAUCUCGUCUACAUUAAUGUGGAUGCUACCAUGAUUACGGAUAGUCAUUUACAUUUACAUUUUAGUCAUUUAGCAGACGCUCUUAUCCAGAGCGACUUACAGGAGCAAUUAGGGUUAAGUGCCUUGCUCAAGGGCACAUCGACAGAUUUUUCACCUAGUCGACUUGGGGAUUAGAACCAGCGACCUUUCGGUUACUGGCACAACGCUCUUAACCACUAAGCUACCUGCCGCCCAUGAAUUGUGAAUAAUGGUGAGAAAGUUAGAUGCACAAAUAUCAUACCCCCAAGACAUGCAAACCUCUCACCAUUACAAUAACAUGGGAGGUUAGCAGUUUUUUAGGGGUAUGAUAUUUAUGUCUCUGUAGCUUUCUCACUCAUCAUUAUUCACGAUUCUUUCAGGACUAUCCGUAAUCAUGGUAGCAUCCACAUUAAUGUAGAAGUGUUUAGAAACAUAUUCUAUUCUUAUUUACAAUAAAAGUGACUCCAAAAUGACACAAUACAUUAUUUACCAUACAUUUCCAUUGGGCACAAAGUAAUCUGACACACAACCAAAACAAACAGCAAAUGCAUCCAACAAGUUUGUAGAGUCACAAGCUUGAUGUAGGCAUUAUGUGCUAGGAAUAUGGGACCAAAUACUAAACCUUUUACUACUUUAAUACACUUACACAUAAUACACAUAAGUGAAUUUGUCCCAAUACUUUUGGUCCCCUAAAAUGGGGGGACAAUGUACAAGAAGUGCUGUCAUUUCUAAACGGUUCACCUGAUAUUAAUGAAAAUACCCUUAAAUUAAAGCUGACAGUCUGCACUUUAACCUCAUAGUCAUUGUAUAAUUUCAAAUUCAAAGUCCUGGAGUACAGAGUCAAAACCAAUAAAAAUGUCACUGUCCCAAUACUUUUGGAACUCACUGUACUUAAACCUCUUUAAUUGUAUAUUUUAUAUAAAUAUGAUAUAAAUAUAUCAAUGUAAAAUAUCCAGAUAGCAAAGGUUGCAAACACUUAACAGUGAGGUGUCCUGACCAGUAUCAAACUGUAUUGUCUUGAGUUGUGAUUUGAUAUUGAUUCUUAACAGUGAUAUCUAAUCCAGGUAUUGUGCUUCUCGUUGCAGGGCAGCAUUCUCUGACCCGCAGCAGGGACAUCAGUGCCAUGGACACCCUCCCCCUCAACGGAAACUUUAACAGCUACUCCCUGCGUGACCAUGAAGACGACUAUGAGGACAUUGUGGGCGUGGUUGGGGGUGUGGUCCACGGCCCGGGGGACCUGGGGGGCCUCAGCCUGGAUGACGCCGCCUUCGAGAAGAUGAUCAUCUCUGAGCUGGUCCACAACAACCUGAGGCCCCGCGGGGCCCCCAAGGGCCACAACCCCCAUAGCGAUAGCAGGGAGAGGGACAAGGACCAGGCCCCUCCCCAGACCAGGGUGAUUGUGGACAGGGAUAGGGGUUGUGGGGGUGGAAGCGGCAGCGAAGAUGAUGCCAUAGUGGUGGACCACGCUGAGGCUUCGUCCCCCCAGAGAGGUAGUAUAGUCGGGGUAGUAGGAGGAGGAGUAGGUGGAGGUCACCCCACCCUGGAGUUGCUGCUGCACCCCCACCAUAAGGAGGCAUUAGAGGCCCCGCUCCUGCCCCAGAGGACUCAUUCCCUGCUCUACAGCGCCCACAAGGCCCCCAGGAGGGCUGUGGAGGGCCCUGGGUGCCACGGCUCAGAGACAGUGGGGGCGACAGGGGACGGGGAUUCCCAGUCACCCAACAACAACAGGGACUCCCUGUACACCAGCAUGCCCAACCUGAGAGACUCUCCCUCAGCCUCCCCCUCAGCCUCAGCCUCACCCUACCCCCCCGAUGAAGAUGAUGACCUGUCCCCUUCCCCCAGGACCGAGGGGGAGGACCUGUACCAUAAAAGCAUGCCUGAGCUGGGCGACGGGCCCCAGCCCCUGUCCUACUACCACAUAAACCGGGGCACCAGCAAUGGGUGCAUCGUACCCCCCAGCGCUGAGGACUGUGUACCCGAGGGAGAGGGCCCCCAGGACAGACAGAUGCAGCUCAUUACUAGCCUC